UCACCUUUUUUUUCGGUGACACAUGGAUGGAUGAGUUUUCUGCGAGGAUUCAGAGGGGGGGACAAAAGAAAAAAAAGAGAAGGUAACUUAACAGAGGUCGCACCGCGCGGAACGUCAACUAACUCGCAUCGUCGCCGGACUUGACGCGCGCUCUUGUGGAACUCCGACCAUGUUUCGCUCAGGGCGCACCGGCGGUGCCUGCGGGACUUAAAAACGCGCAGUCGAGGGGACGUGAGAGCAGCGUCGGGAUUGUGGGCCAGUGAUGCCGGACACAUUCGCUCUCAUAAAGAACCGGACAGAACCGCGGCUGGGGCAGCUGGAGCGCACACUGGCCACGGAGGGGAGCGCCCGCCCCGCCUGGGUCAUAGGAAUCCUGGCCAGCGUGUUGAUCUUCACCACGGUGGUGGACGUGCUGGGCAACCUGCUGGUCAUCAUCUCGGUGUUCAGGAACCGCAAGCUGAGGAACUCGGGUAAUGUCUUCGUGGUGAGUCUGGCAUUCGCCGACCUUGUGGUAGCCUUCUACCCUUACCCCUUGGUCCUGUACGCCCUCUUCCAUGACGGUUGGGCACUGGGAAACACGCAAUGCAUGGUCAGUGGUUUCCUCAUGGGGCUGAGUGUCAUCGGCUCCAUUUUCAACAUCACCGGGAUCGCCGUGAACAGAUACUGCUACAUCUGCCACUCAUUCUCCUACAGUCGGCUGUACAGCUAUCGCAACACUCUGCUGUUUGUCGCCUUAAUUUGGGUGCUCACUGUGGUGGCGAUCAUCCCCAAUUUCUUCGUCGGCUCCCUGCGCUACGACCCGAGGGUCUAUUCCUGCACCUUCGCCCAGAAUGUCAGCAGCUCCUACACCGUGGCGGUGGUGGUGGUUCACUUUUUUGUUCCCAUCGCAGUGGUUACCUUCUGUUAUCUACGCAUCUGGGUGCUUGUGAUUCAGGUGCGACGUAAAGUGAAGACAGAGGAGAGCCCCCGCCUCCGGCCGAGUGACUUGCGGAAUUUCAUCACCAUGUUUGUGGUCUUUGUGCUGUUUGCCAUCUGCUGGGCUCCGCUCAACCUGAUCGGCCUGGCGGUGGCCAUAGAUCCGUCCCGCGUGGCCCCCCGUAUCCCCGAGUGGCUCUUUGUGGUCAGCUACUUCAUGGCCUACUUUAAUAGCUGUCUGAAUGCCAUCAUCUAUGGCUUACUCAACAGGAAUUUUAGGAACGAGUACAAACGCAUUGUCACCUCUGUGUGGGUGACUCGGCUUUUUGUGACGGAGACUUCCCGAGCCGCCACGGAUGGCAGGAGCAUGAGGAGCAAGCAGUCGCCGCCUCCUCCGCUCAACAACAAUGAGUCAGUCAGAGAUCGCACAAACAAAGAAUGAAAUCUGGAGCCUUGAGUCUGUUCAAAUGGUAAUUCCUGUUUUUAUGUGACAUUCAGACAGUUGUGCAGCUAAAGAGUUUCAAGUGACAAAUUAAACUGGAAUACAUGGCUCAGUUUUUCUGUUGGGUGACAACAAUCAGAACAAGGUGCAGUUGAUCACAGUAAAGGAGACAUAUUAUGCUAAUUUUCGGGUUCCCCAUUUUACUGCUAGAGUAGGUUUACACGCUUUAGUGCUCCCAAAAAAACACAUCCCAUACUGUCUAGUCCUCCAGCACUGUACCCCCCCUCUGUCAGAAACGCUCUGUUUUUCGCUCCUGUCUCUUUAAGGACUCUCUUCCCUAUAGCCUAGUCUGCUCUGAUUGGUCCGUUCACACAUGCCUAAGCCAGCGCUACAAAGCAGCUGUGCUGAAGUCAGUUCUCACGUGCCAAACUAGCUGCCGAGAAAAACGUAUGCAAAUGUGUGACACGGUGACAGUGUGAGUGUGAUGUCACAAAGUCACAGAAUUAAAAGCAGGACGCCUUUCGAGGCGUUCCAGGAGCAGUGUUUUUUGUGGGAGAGAGGAGCCUCUGUUACUGCGGACCUUUUUAACUUUCAGCAUCUCUUAAACGGACACUAAUGUUUAACACACGGAAAGAAAGGAUGAAAUCGAAAAAAGGCACAAUAGGUCUCCUUUAAUAUCAGAUGUUUUUAAUCAUUUUUGGUAAAGUUUUGAAGACUUUUUUAAGUAAUAAUAACUUCUUCUUUGAAGUUUGUCUUUUGAUGGAUGAACUCAUAUAUAUAUAUUAAUAUCAUAUAUUAGAGAUUUCGUUACGCACUGAGAAAACUGAGCCAUGCCUUGCAGUUUCAUUUCACUCUGACUCAAAAAAAAAAAAAAAAAAAAAAAACAUCUGAAUGGUAUUUCAUGAAAAAAUAUGAUAUCCUUUAAUGUCUGCUGCUGCUGUGGACUCUUCGAACAUAUUUCACAAGGCUGGGGGAACCACUGGGAAGCAUACACCUCUCUUUAGUAACUUCAGAAGCCUCAAAUAGUUCAACUCGCCUCAAAUCAAUGCUAGAUUAGUAGAAGAGGAGAUAACGUCAGUCUGUCUAUCAUGUAUAAUGUGAGUCUGACGGGGUUUUCGACAGUGAUGUGGUCAGAAUUGCACAUUGACCUAGAUGGGGCAGUAGCAUAUACUUCAUGCUGCCUGGACUGACCCUCUUGCACUGCAGAGAACAAGAAACAAAAACUUAGUAAUAAAACGUAAAAUGUUAGUUCAGGAAAUUUAGUCACAAACUAUCACCGAACCACUUUUUUUUUUCAGUUUUUUGGAAGGUUCACCACCCAAAAAGUGGUGCAUGUGAUGUAGCAGGUAGAGGACGCCCACAUAUCUAAUAUUGCUGCCGUAUCCAUCAUUCUGAAUAUCACCUUUACUUCUCAGCUGCUGCAGUUUGGCCAUUAUGUAACUUCACUGCAACACCAAUGUACAGGAAAGGUCACUGUGAGAAGAUGCCUUUGAUAUUGUAUUUUAUUUGUUUCUUGUUUAAAGCUGAUGUUCAAAAAUAUAAAACUGUGCAGACAACCAAUAGAUACAAAUUCACUAAAGUGUGCUUACAGGUCUUGGGGAGUAGGUUUUGAAAAGCAGUUUCUGUUUUUUUCAUUGCAGUUCUUGAAUUUAAAAAAAGUCACUAGACUCUUUCUGGACAGUUUUUAACAAUUUAUCAAAAUGUAUACAGCAGAACCAGAUAUAUUACAUGCAUUUGUCAUUUUUUAAAAUGUGGCGCCUACAUUACCCACAAUGCAGUUUAACCAGUAGUGCUGCCCAAGACCUGAAAACACACUCGAAUGUGUAAAAUUGGUUUAUUUACCGUUUAAGUGGGGUUCCUGUACCACACGUCAGUAUAUGCAUUUUCCGCUGCUAACUACUCAGUAGUAUAUUUAGUAGUUGACAAUGACAAUAUCUCGCCCUUUACCAGCUGCAACACUGCACUGACUUACACAUUAAUACAUCAGUUAUGCCAUAUAUGUAAUAACCUCCAUGAGAAGUAAUUUUACUUUUGGUAUUUUGAUUAUAUUUUGACGCUGGUGCUUUUGUAUUUCUACCUAAAGAUCUUAGUAAUACAUGACUCCACAGUGCAGGUGAUAGUGAUUGACAGUCACGAUUCACACAGCUCCAUACUCUGAUGUCAACUUUUUAAGUCACUCUGCGAUCAGAUGUUCGAUUUCACCAAACAACCAAGUGCAGCAGCGUGGAUGAUUCUUUAUACACACUUUGCUAUGCAAUUCAAAACACAGUGGUUGUCACGAUCCGAGACAUCCAGCAUCAGUUGGGUAUGAAAUUAUACCCAGUUAAGACUGGGACAGUCCCUCAUCUUAGUACAUCCAUAUUUAAAUGACACUUCAGGCUGAUUUACUGUAAACGAUGCUGCUCUUCAGGCCUCAAAAUAACAAAAUGGACUCAGAUGUUUGUCCUGCCUUCUAUGUCGGAAAAAAACCUUGCGCCCCGACAAAAAGGAAGUGGAUAAAUAACUGUAUUUAGUAAAUGCGCAGUAAUAAGGAAUGAGCACGCGUUCCUCUGCCUCCUCCAUCACAUGUUGUGCAAGUUUUUUUAAUUCUUCAUUUUGAAAAUACUUAUGCAAAAGUUUGGCUUUUCAUUUCACAGGUAAUUAAACUGUCUAUCUUCAUCUUUGUUAAUUAAAUUUCUACGAAAGAAGAACUUCAUUCACCAGGGACACAUUUUGAUGCAUUCACUGUGGAAAAAAAAACAAAAAACGAACAAAAACAAAAAGAGCACAUCAAGGGAUCUGUUAGGAGUUGUACCGUCACUCGGUCGCAGUUCGUCUGAUGGAAGAGUGACGUUCAUUGCCUCUUAAAGUGAAACGUGUCUCGAAAGAUGUGGAUUGUUGAGAAGGUACAGCUCAUAUCUGUAUUCUCAUCUCAGGGUGCCUACCGAACAUUUUGUUGUCAUCGGAAUCAUGUGACUUGGCUGCCAUAUAAGGGAGUCUGAAGACAUUUCAAAGACAUAUUUUGUAAAUUAGUGUUAGUGUGGUUUUUAACUGUGGUAUGUUGUUAUUGGAGAUGUAUUCAAAAUGUGUUUUUUUUUUAAUUUUUAAAUUAAUAUAUAUGAAGCUCGGCAACCCCCCCCCCCCAACAGUUUAUUAUCGGAUAAUGCUUAACUUAUCUUUCCAUUAACGUUACAACAGUGUUGCUAAAGUGCAUCUAAAACAACCUCUUGCUUAAUUGGCAUGUAUAUUGCAUCACUGCAAAUACAUUUGCUUCUCGGUGUGGAGUAACGGAAUCAGCUUCAGUUGCAAAAAUCAAAAUAUCCAAGACUGGCAAAACGAGUUCCUUCAAAAAUAAUUUAAGGGUUUGGGAUUAUUCUUUUUCCAGCAUUUUGUGGCACAUUUGUGUGUUCUUAUACAGGGUAAAUUGUGCAAAGCCAUAGAUCAUGAAUGGCAACAGAUGCAAAGCUCAAAGUCACACUAUAAAUAUUCAUAGGACAAGACAGAUGCGAGAGCACUGCGAGCAGGGGAGGAACAUUUGGAGGGGGGGGAAAAAAUGACAUUUGAGGUGCAGAGGAGGACGGAAAACAGAGCUUUUGUGGGAGAGAUGGGGAGUUUAGAUGAAUAAUGGGAGUGACCGCCGUAUGCAGCCCUGACAACACAGGGUGAGGAGGUCAUUCACUCACCGGGGAAGCAGGAAUGCUGUCCAGGUUGCUGCGGGGAAGGGUGAGCCGAAACAUCAAAAGGAAGCUAAAAAAAAAAAAGGGUGUAGUUGUUUUUUUGGAAAAGGCAAUGCUCAAACAUCUGGAGAGUGUUUUAGAUGCACUGUGAGGGAGGAAAAGACUUCAAUCUAAACCAAAGAACAGGGCAUAGCUGAAAGCAGUUAGGUGUACAUACACUUUUGUCGAGUUCUCGUUGGGGGGAAAUCUUUUAAAACGCCUCGGGGUCCUCUGAGGUCUUUUUUUUUUUUCAUUCAAAAAGUACUGCCUUACAGUUAAUAGAACAGUGUCAAAUUUUAAAUAUUAUGGCAAGUGCCAUAUUUUCUAUCAAACACACACCUGUUCAGUUUGCCUCCAUACUGCUUCGUUUUUAUGCAUCCAGGACAGUCGUCUGUAGAGGGUUUGUGCUGCAGCAUGGCGUAGAAGUUCACACGCAGGCCUCAGGCAGGAGACUCAAGAAGAAGAAGAAGAAGAACAAAUAUUAUCUUUUUCUCCUUUGUGCUUAUUUCUAUACACCCUACAGUGAAGAUGAUGUAACUAUGUUCAUUUAUGUUCCCCGCGCUCAUUGUCUGCACCCUUUAUUUGGGGCCUUUUCUCCGUGCAAAGAAAAUAUGACACCUUGCCCGCCAGCUGACGGGGUUCAGUGUUUUUCAACCCCACAAGUUAUUAAAAUGCCAUUUUCUGCCACAUUCAGUACAUCCUCACACCUUUUAGGUUUUUUUUUAAUACCGACCACUCUGCUGCAAUUACUCACUGGGCUUUAACAUAGUCCAAUUGUUCAGUUCGCCAAAUCCUGUGAUGAAAAACAGUUUGCAGAUUGGACAGGUGGCGGUACUAAAAUGUUUUUCUGAGGAAAAAAGACACCAAACAUUAUCUAUUACUUUUACUCACUGAAUUUUUCUUAUUUAAAAACUGAAUUUCUCACAGCAGAAGUUACACGUUUACUUCUGCUAUGCUGUGAUUUUUAAGUCAGGAAAAAAAACAAGAUUUUAACUUCUGAGUCAAAAAACAGUGAGCCUUUGUGGAAUCUCAUCAUGGAGUGUGAGUCGAAGAAGCAACGUGUAUGCUGUAUUAAUGGUGUUAAUACAAAUUCGAAAAAUAAACACACACGCAGCGAAAAUAAGCAGUGAAGGUUAUCAUCAUGUUUUCCUUCGGAAGAUGAAAGCUAAGGUUUCUGUGUGCUGCUAAUCCUUCAGAGUGCUGUGCUCAAUGAGGCGACACACUCUCAAAUGUCUGCAUUAUGCUGGUUGAGUCCCUCUUGCACUCUCCCCGUCGUCUGUGCACAAUAUUCAUGCGCGGUUGACAUUUUCCGAAAAGAGGCAUUCCCUCGUAUUUCUCAGUUUCUGGCUUUUUUUUUUUUUUUAAUUCACUAGCAUGUGACCUCUGAUUUGGAGAAGAAGUGGCACAAGCGAGGCAGCCACUUUGCAUCUGAAAAGGCUUCCAUUCGAUAGCUGCUCUAAACACAGCCACUUCACGGACCGAUUGCAGUUUGUAAUUACAGGCCAAAGAACACAGGCUUGUUCAAAUUCAUAAAAACUUGAUGUGGCGAGGACAUAAUACAAUUCUUAAGGGUGGCAUUAAGGUAAUAGGGCGAAACAUGUUGACAUGCAGCGAUAUGCGAAUUAAAGCUCCCAUACAAUGUGUGUCUACUAAAAAAACGUUUACAUGCUUUAAUGUACAAAAGGCACCUCUAUUCACUCGAUCUUGGUGCCUGUAUCUUUAAAAGCCCCCGAAAAGCCCAGUCAGCUCUGAUUGAUCAGCUCUCACAGGCCUGAGCAGGCACGGCCCACCUUGUUUUAACAUCAGCUGUGUUUCAACAUCAGGGCGUGAUGUCCGAUGUCACACUCAGGGUGUAGUGGCCAAAUGACUUCAUGAAAAGAAUGACGUCGUUCUUAGCUGUUGCGGGUUGCAAAUUAUGUAAAGGUAAGGAAUCCGACAAAUCGUUGUCAUUUCACCAUUUCAACUGAAAAGACGAUGGACUGCCACUUUUUUAUAGAGCCUUUCCAUUUUGGCAGUGUCUGGGCCAAAGGAAGUAAUUCCGAGAUGUGCGUCUCAGGUUGAAAUUCUCUCCUCUCCAAUCAAACCUGAGCUGCUGAAAUAUGGCCCAGUGUCCCUCUGGAUUUUCACUUUCCAUUGUCAUUGCUGAUUCAUCAGGAAGUGGCGAAGUGACAACGAUUUGUCUGAUUAGCUAUUUUUAUCAGGUACAAUUAUUCUAGAGCACAUCAUCCUUUUAAAAAGUGCACUUGAGCUCCCCACCCUGAUGUGUGGCAUCACAGGAUAGUGGCCUGUUGUGUGAAUAAGGUCUGUAGCCGAGGUUGGUGACAAUCUUACAAAAGUAUUUAUCGAACACCUAGACCUGUUUUAUAAUCAAAAAAGACAGAAAUGUCACUUUCUACAGUAUGGGACCUUUAAGGCUGUUGCUCAUCAAGGCUCUGACUGGAUUUUAAAUACUACGUAGCCAUUUCGAACAGUGUAAGAAACCUGGCAACCUCCUAAGCAGGUAAAGAAGAUCACAAUUCAGACUUCGCUCACAGUGUCAUGUCUCGCAUUGGUUUUAAAGGCUGAGGGAUGUGGGCACAUGUUUAAGACGCGGCAACUCCGAGAAGCCUCGCCGCUGUCCGCUUUUAUUGACGUCUGGACACACUCACGACACAGAGCCAUGUUUUGUUUUGUUUUUUUUUAUUCCCCCGUCGCAUGUGUCAUUAAUGGGUUAUGCAACAGCACGACUACAUCAGCUCACAGUAAAAGACAGAAAAGGGAUGCGGCGCUGAUCGAAUUAUGCGCAAGGCACCUGCACUGAGAUGGCAAAUAAAACGAUAAGCCUUGGGAACAUAAUUGAAUGCAUUUACAGCGCCCUGUCAGGGGAAAUACAACGGACCGACCACAGAAAAAAAAAAAAAAAAGAAUUGAAAACGCAGUUGGGUAUGUAUCUUCUAUAGUGUUUACAAAAGAGAAUCUACACUUUGAGAACUGUGACUCUGAAAAAAAAAAGAAAAACAUCAAUGAAACAGCUACUAAAACGUUUGCAAAGCACAAAUCCUUUUUCACCUGAUAAAUAUUUACACUCAGCGGCCACUUAAUUGGCUGCAGCUCAUUAGGCGCAGGGAGGACGUGUUCGCCUGCAGCCUGAAUUCAUUGAGGCAGGAGUAAAAUCCUCGGUCGGGCAAAUGUUACGCAAGAAUUUCUGCUCAUGCUGUGAUGUUUUAUCAGUUUUUCUGGUGUAAAGAGGCACCGGAUUGAACUAGACGUUUAAAUUUUUACAAAAAAAAAAAAACAAAAAAAAAAAAACGCAUUUCAGGCAUUUGGCCGGUUCGACGUCUUGUGUCUUGAUAAAUGUCUUCUGUCGCGGAGGCUGUGUGAAUGUGCAUGCUUGUCCGAUGUUAUUUCCGACCGAUGAUCAUUGACAAGAGCUCACUAACAGGUGCAGGCCGGAGACGCCGGAGAGAGGAUGGUCUGAGUAACACGAACCAAAGGGAAAAUCUGUGGAAUGUAAUGGAAAAACUUUCAACACUCAAAAAAAAAAAAAAAAGGCUUGGUUGUGAUACUGAGUCUCAUCAAAAUGAACUGUGUGUAAAAAAUAAAUAAAUAAAUAAAGAUAUGCAUUAUGUGUACAGUUCUGCUGAACCACGAUGUUAUGGAAAAUAAAAUUGAUAUAUAUAUAUAU